ACCUUUGCUAUUUUUGCAAGGAAAGUGGGGAAGUCAUAUUUACUGGGAGGACAAAUAGUUGCUGUAAGAGCCGAAGUCGUCUGUCAGAUAUCCUCCGGGAGCACAAAUCUGCGCUGGUUGGACGUCUGCUCGGAUUUUCCGCACUUUCUCUACCGAAAUGAAAGCCGGGGUUGUGCUCGCCGCAGCGGUGCUGCUGGUGGUGUGUGAGGCGAAAGUGCCUGAGGUGAAACCUGAUGUGUGUGCCAACGUGAUGUGUGGGGCAGGCAGGGAGUGCACAGAGAAGGAUGGAGAGCCAACCUGCAUCUGUAUAAGGAAAUGCCCCAACCACAACAAGCCUGUCUGUGGCAGCAAUGCCAAAUCUUACGUGAACCACUGUGAGCUGCACAAGCACGCCUGCGAGGCCGGGAUCAAGAUCCAGAUCAAGUACAGCGGGAAGUGCAAGGAAGGGGAAGGGAGUGGGCUUUGAUGACGUCACCCAGCAGUACUUCCAGUCCUUCGACAAGAACAGCAAUGGCAAGCUUGACUCCAACGAAUUCCUGGCUUUUGUAGAAAGGAACGAGACAGCUGCAGCCAUUGAUGCCACCUCUGAGAAUGAGGUUCUACUCAGGGGGUUGUGCGUGGAUGCGCUGAUCGACAUCUCAGACGAUGACUCUGAUUGGGAGCUGAACCUGAAGGAGUUCCGCCACUGCCUGGAGCCGGGCUUCCUCCCGCCACAGAAGAAGUGCUCCUUGGAGGAGGAGCAGUACGAGGAUGGAGCCGAGACCCAGGUCAACUGUAACAGCUGUGUGUGCGCCUGUGGAAACUGGGUCUGCACUGCCCUGAAGUGUGACCCUACACAGGCACCUCCUACUGUGGGUCCCUCCAAGAAGGACGACCUUCUAGAGAAGUCUCCUGAGGAGCUGUUGGAGGAAGAGUGGGAUGAGUAUGUCAAGCUGUUGGGAGACAAUGGACCAAAGGCCCCAUCUCAGGAGGAGGACCAUGCCUCUGAGGAGGAGGAAGACUGGAGUAUAGAGGAUGAUAUGGAUGAGAUCUUCCCUAGGAAGAAGCACCGCAAACAUAAUAAGAAGGGCAUCAAACUGAUCAAAGAGAAGGUCCGGUUUGACUAAGUGGCAUUGUUUCCUUUUCGUAGGCCUGCCAUAAGCUGUCAACUUGAAUAGCAUUUAUUUUGAAAAUGAUGCUUCUCUUGUAGAAUUCAUCAUCAUUAUUAGUCAGAUGGUGCAUAGAAUUCAACUCUGCCAGAAAUACAAUACUGUGAAGUAUUGUUUCUUGUGAGUCUAAUAGAUGCUAUGUGGUGUCACAAAAAUGUAGGGAAAGCAUCAAUUUUGAAAUGAAUGCUAGCAUUAUCAUGUGCAAGUAACAAAGAUCUCACUUAAAUGUAGAACUGUACUUCUCAUAAUGGAUGGGCAUACAAAAUGUCCUAUGUAUAUAUACCAUUUCAAACCAUGUCAGUUUAGUAACAAAAUCCCUUUGUUUUCAAAAUAUAUGGUAUGUAUGGAGGUAAUUGGAAAUACCUCUUGUAGUGUGCUUUUUUGCUAACAGCAUUUCUUGGAUUUGUUUUACUGCAUUAUGUAUAGUUUUCUGCAUUAGAAUUCUAUAUCAUGGAAUGAAAGAUAAUCCAUGUACCAAGUGACUUAUCAUUAACCUACGCAUAGCCUAUGUAACCCUAAAGAAUCGAAACCUAGCUCUAGCGUGUGUGUAGCACAUGUCCCGGGAGGUUGCAUAAGGGGCAGUGUAGGGUCCUGAUGUAAUCAGAAACUAAGGCAAGGUGGUGGUGCUUUCGACUAAUUUUUUGUGUACCUAAUCCUUAAAUAUGACAGCAGUAUUUUGUCCAAAAUAUUGUACAAUUGAAGAAUGAUCAAGAAGUGUUUCCACACCAUCUACUGGUAUCUGGAAAAAAGGCAUUAAGUGAUUUUUUUAGUCCUUGAAUCCUACAUACAUACCUGCACUUUGUCCUGCAAAAUCAUGACAAGUUUGACAAUAAUUUGCAAUAAAAUCAUGAGAACGUGUAAUAUCUUGUAAACAAGAGCUAGUCCACCAACCAUUGUCGUCAUUAUGCAGUAUGUACAUCGUGGAUUUACAUUCCAGUUAACUCCAACUCAACUUUGAAAUGCAGUGUGUGUUGCAAUGUGAAAUGAAGAGUGAGCUUGUAAUGAAUGAGAUUACUUGAUAGCUGUGAAGCCUAUCAGCUCGUAGCCAUGCAUUAUGGUUGCAUGAACGCACUGGCAAGUUUCAGUUCACCUCUGAAAAAUUUCUUUGACAUCAUUUUUCUUAAUUUAAAUGUGUAAAACAAGGUUUGUCUCCCAACUGUGGAAUAAUAACCUACUUAACAUAUCUCACUAUACCUAGUUGUUUUCUGUAUAUAUAACAGAAACGUUCAGAUGAUCUUGUUUUGGAGGUUUGUACAUACAGGAGAAAGUUGACAGGACAGUCUGCAACAGGCUAGUGGCAAAUGAAGUGUGGCAGUACAGGAGGAUUAGCAGUAUUGAUCAUGGGACAAGUUAUACUUGUUGUCUUUGAAAAGAGUGAGAAAUAAAUGAUCACUGUUUUCUAGA